CUCCUUUUCUUUUCUCUGUUUUUACAGUUUUAGUGUCAUUCACUAAAAGCUUACGGGUUUUCACUCUCAGUGAACUAACAAUGACGACUGUUUAACCGCAGGAGUCGGGAGAAACACUCGUUUAAGAAAGAAAGUUGCUUAAAACUGAACCGUCUGAUGAUUUCACUCUCACUGACUGACAGUUGACAGAGGGAGAGCUUUAAAAUGUCAACAGACAAACAAAGAGGAAUCAGAGUUUCUCAGGAAGAGCUGCUUUGCAAGAACGCCUGUGGAUAUUAUGGAAACCCUGCAUGGAAAGGCUUUUGCUCAAAGUGCUGGAGAGAAAAAUCACGGCCGCCUGGAGCCUCAAGACAAGACGCGAGGCCCAGCAGUGACGGAGCACCACCCACAUUUUCCAAAUUUGAGGAGAAAAAAAAUAUUGAGAAAGGUAGCCGAUAUAACACGGUGAGGAGACUGUUCUGGGGCAGCUCGUCGCCUCCAAAACCUCAAGAGUCCUCAGAAAGCCAUGCACACAUGUUAAAAGCUUAUCAGGGUCUUGAGCCUGGAGACUUCCCUGGCUUUUUAAAGAUCCUGCGGAGUCCACCAUCCCAGCGCUUGCAGUCACGUUGUACUGCUUUCCUCAACACAAUGGAAGCUUACCAUGAUCUGCCGAUACAGAAACAAUCGGACCUUGUGCAGGAUUUCUACCAAUCUUUUGCUGAAUAUUUUAGAAGUUUUCCUGAGGCUCAUGUCACUCAGAUCAUGGAGCACGUAGAAAAGCUGAUAAUGACACGGCUGCACAAAUGGGUUUUCUGCCACGACAGCUGCGACGAUGAACAGAAGGACUUGGCUCUUCAGCGGCGAAUACGUUCCUUAAAUUGGGUCACUCCACAGAUGCUGAGCGUUCCUUUUCCAGAGGAAAACAUUCCAGUCACAGGCGACCCUUUCCUGCCUGCUAUAACAGCUAUAAUAGAAAUGGAUGCCAAACGUGCACCGCAGGAUAAGCUUGCUUGCGUGUCCAAAUGCAGUCAGCACAUCUUUGAAGCUCUUGCAGUCCUCAACAAUGAACCUGCUAAUGCAGAUGCCUUCCUGUCGAGCCUGGUUUAUGUGGUCCUGAAGGCCAAUCCACCUCGUCUUCACUCCAACAUGCAGUACAUGAUUCGUUUUGGACUGCCACACAGUCUGAUGGCUGGAGAGAGUGGCUACUACUUCACAAACUUAUCUUGUGCUGUGGCCUUCAUUGAAAAGCUUAACGGACCAGCACUGAGCCUCAGUCCAGAAGAGUUUGAGGGCUACAUGCGAGGUCAGCGUGCUCCUGCUGUAUUAACCAAGAGGCAGCAGCUUGUUGAGGAAACGCAGCACCUUUUGGAGGAACUGCAAGGAAGGCAAGAGAAGCUGCACCAAGGAGUAGACGCUCUCAGUGUCGAGCUACAAAAGUGGGUUCAAGCAGUUAAUUCACAACUGGAUGAAGCAACAACCCAGUUCACUGAAGUACAAAAAGACAUAACAGUACAGGCUGAAGAGCCUUCAGCUCAGUGAGGGUAUGACGUCUAAUGGUCAACAUGUAGUUCCAAAUGAUACGGGUUGCUCUGUUAUCAGAACAUCCUAAUGUGGUACUUAGUGCAUAUGUAGGCUGCAGGAAGAAUCAGAUUUGUGCUCCAGGGAUAUUUUUGCACACGUUUCAACCCCAGACAAAAUGUGAUUUAAAUGCCAGAUGAAGGUGAAGGAAAAGUUGCUGAAGAAAGCUUUUUGGCAAGUUGUAUGAAGUAUUUUAAAAACGUAAUUUAAAAUAAGUUUCACUUGUUAUAUACUUUGAUACAGACUAUUAACACACGUUCCAGUUCAGAAACAGUUGUGAUAAAACAAUAUUCAGCACUCAGGGAACCUGGCACUUUGUGAUAUCAGCCAACAGUUUAAGUGUGCCUAUAUUUUCCCUAAUGGUAUAAACCUCCGUGUCCAUCUAGUGACUGCUGUGGAAAAAGGAAAAAAAAAUAAAAAACACGAAGGUGAAAAUGUAUUGUAGCUGUUUUUGACCACUACAGGUUCUGGGAUGGGGGUGUGAAAAACAUGUUUGUUGGAGCUGUGUUGCCUUUA